UCCUCCAGUAGCUGCUGUCUCUGACACAAACGCUGUGGCUCUCAUCAUCUCCAACUCUCAUCUCCGUGGAUUCACACCUGUUCAGACCAUCAUUGUUUCUGUUGUCCUGGCAUCACAGGGACACUCCACGUCGCCAGCCCAUCACAUGCAUGUUUUCAGAGGGCUGGGAUGGACAGUUUGAUCCUGGAGGUUGGUGACACUGAACUCUUGGUGAAAUGUCCCUGAGUGGCAACACAAGCCAGUCUCCUCCAUCGACGUCAAGUCUAUCGUCACCACUGAACGGCUCCACCGCUCCACUUUCCCUAACGUCAGACGAGGGAAGGGGCAGUCAUGAGUCUGUGCAGUGGCCAGGCGAUGAGACCCAGUUUCUCUCAAACCUCUUUGUUCUCGGCCACGAUGAGCAGUGCCAUAUGUCUCCUGUACUCACAGGGGUUCUAGUGGUGUGGUACAGCGUUACAAUGGUGCUCGGGCUGGUGGGAAACAUCGGCCUCAUCUGCAUCAUCGCUCGUCGGAGGGAAAAAGUCAACGUCACCAGUAUUUUCAUCUGCAACCUUUCUUUCUCUGACAUUCUGGUGUGUGUGUUCUGCCUUCCUUUCACUGUCAUAUACACGCUAAUGGAUCAUUGGGUGUUUGGGUCACUAUUAUGUCGCCUGGUGCCUUUCAUCCAGUGUGUGUCUGUGACUGUUUCCGUGCUGUCUCUAGUGUUCAUUGCUCUGGAACGACAUCAGCUCAUCCUCAACCCCUCUGGGUGGAAACCGAGUGUUCCUCAGGCCUACAUGGCAGUUGUUAUCAUUUGGAUUUUAGCCUGCUUCACCUCCACGCCAUUCUUGGCCUUUCAGCUUCUCACAAAUGAGCCCUACGCUAACGUAAUCCUGCCCCAGUCUCCACUUCUUCACCAAGCCUCCUCUCAGGCUUAUUUCAACGUGUCUCUGCCUCAACCUGCCUCUUACACACACAAAAACUCAUCUGUGCCGACAAAUGCAUACCGCACCUUUUUGUCUUUUGUACCCACAAUUCCAAACAUGGAGGCCUGUCUGGAACACUGGCCAUCCCAGCAACACAGGCUCGCUUACACCACGUGGCUCCUGCUGUUCCAGUACUGUGGCCCACUAUUGCUGGUCCUCCUCUGCUAUGUUAGAGUUUUUGUACGCCUUCGUCACCGCAAAGAGAUGCUUGACCGUGCCAGGACCCAAGAGAGUCAGCGCAUGGCCCAAAGCCGCCGAAUCAACAUCAUGCUUGUCACCCUUAUUACAGCGUUUGCCCUUUGCUGGCUGCCACUCACCAUCUUCAAUGUGGUAUCGGACUGGAACCAGGAGGCUCUGCCCAUCUGCCACCACAACCUGCUCUUUUCUCUCUGCCACUUAUUGGCCAUGUCAUCCACCUGCAUCAACCCCAUCAUCUACGGCUUCCUCAACUCCAACUUCAGGCAGGAGGUGAGAGAGGUGUUCUUGCACUGCCGCUGCCACCCACUGGAAGAAGAGUGUGAGCAGUUCCCGAUGUCCAUUGUGCACAUGGAAGUGUCACACUCCUCUGCGCCUCUGAACUGCAGGAGCAACUCAGUCGAUUGAUAGUCAAAAGUGUAUGUGUGUUUAACAUCAGUAUUUUCACAUAAUUAUUCCAAAGGAGCAUGUAAAAAAAAAAGCUAUUUAAAGAAUGUGAAAUUUAUCAUAUCCAACUGUAAAUACUAAUGUAUAUUCCUCUACUGCUGUUGUUUAUUUGCAUGUUGUACAACCAAAAAAUAAAUAAAACAUUUAUCCAUUUUAUACUUGCCGGAAAUACUUUAAUGUCUAGUUUGGUGUAAAUUAUAUUUCACACACACAAAGCAAAAGAUGAUACCAAAUCAUUUAUUUGACUGAAAUCUGUCAAAAAAGAGCAAAUGUGAUCAAUGAACAGGACAUUUUCACAGGAGACAUUUUGAGAAGUCUUGUAAUUUGUAUGCUUUUAACAGAAUGUCUUCUGUGAAAAAGGUCUACAUGCUGUCUCUGUCUGAUUCGAGUGCAGUAACUCUGCCCAUUGUUCAUUCCAUCAUUUGUACCUACUAUGGCAUUAUCAGUGUUUUUAAUGAAUAUAUGUGAGUGUACUGAAGACUUCAUAGUUAUCACUUCUCAGAUCAAAAUUACGUGAGUGGAGAAUCAGUGGCAUGUAGAAAGGAGAGCUCUAGUAUUCAAGGCUUGUGCCACUUUCUACAAAUGCAUGCUUGUACUCUUGUUUUAGUUGUUAUGGAAUUGUUUGUACUAGAAAAAAAAAGUAACGUGUGCAGUUUGUUAUUAUAAACGAGUCACAUUUUAAAAACAUUUAAUGAGUAGACUGCUGCAGUUGUAUUUCUCACAUUUUACUACUUUUGUAUGUUUACGGCAUACUUGUGCAGUAUAAGCAGUGUGUGAAGUUAGUGAGGUUAGAAGGUCUAACUGUGAUUUAUUUGACUUAUGAAAGUACUUAUGUAACAGUUUAUGAUGUAUAUUAUAUGAUGCUGAAAUGUACAUUGGGGGUUGAUAAAUA